AUGGUGUUACUGAGCCCAUCGAUUGCAGCGUUACGGAAAUUGAUGUGCAUCUGCCAAUCAUACGCGGAAGCCCAUGGUCUCAGAUACAACGCGAAUAAGAGUGAGUUCAUGGUGUUCAAGUCACGUGGUAAAUGCUACUCCCAUGUUCCUCAUGUAACUCUGUGCGGCAUGCGUCUGAAAAAGGUUAGUGCCUUUAAGUAUCUGGGUCACUGGGUGACUGAAGACUUGUGUGACAAUGAGGACAUCGAGAGGGAACGCAGGGCUCUGUCCAUCCGGUGCAAUAUGUUGGCUCGCAGGUUUGCACGUUGUACUACUCAAGUAAAGAUAACAUUAUUCAAGGCGUACUGCCACAAGCUACCACAAGCUGCACGUGUAAAAGGUCUGGACCUUUUACACGUGCAGCUUGUGGACUAA